UUUACGGCACCGUGACGUCACGCACAUUGCUCAGCAGAAGAGCCCCGCUGCACGAAACUUACGGCUGCAGAUGUGUAGCCCGGGAUUAAGCGACACAACGCAGACUGGCAAAUCAAUGGAAAACACACAACGUCAUGAAAGAGAUUGACACUGAGGGGGGCGAGAAAGAUGACAACUGUGAAGAAAAUGAAGAGGAGGCUCCAAUGAGGCGUAGCUUCUCGGUAGAGGACCUCCUUGAUGAGGUGGAGAAGAUCUGUUACGAUGCCUCGGGGACAUCAAAGGUGGAGAUGGUGGUGAGGCUGUGGAAGGACGGCUUCACUGUGAACGAUGAGGAGUUUCGCAGCUACACCAUACCAGAGAAUCAGGACUUCCUGGAUGCCAUCAAGAGGGGGGAGCUUCCGGCGGAGUGGGAGAGCAGAGCCGAGGAGGAGGAGCUGGAGAUCAGUGUGGAGGACCUCACGGAGGAAAAUUAUGUUCCCAGGAAAAAGGCCUUUCACCCCUUCAGCGGCCGAGGGUAUCGACUUGGCAGUGUUGCACCCAGAGUAGUGGCCAGGUCACCAUCUGUGCACGAGGAUGGAGAAUCUCCUCCUAUUCCCAUGGUAACACUAGACCACGCCCUUCCUGUCACCUCCCUGCAGAUCUGGUUGGCUGACGGCAGGAGAUUGGUGCAGAGGUUUAACCUAUCGCAUCGGAUCACAGAUGUUCAAGAUUUCGUGGCACGCUGCCAGAGGAGCUGCCCACCUUUUGUCCUGACGACAUCAGUUCCUUUCCGAGAGCUUGACGACAAAGAAUUGAGCCUAGAACAAGCCGACUUGGCCAACGCUGUCAUCGUCCAGAGACCCCUGAACACACAGUCUGCGUUUGGACAUUCCUGACUAAAAAGGCUCCCCCGUAAUUCCCACAGCACGCCACUUACUCCCGUCACUGACCCCUCACCAUGAUUGCAGUCUCAAGGCCUUCUAUAAGCUAUAAUCUUAAUUUAUUCUGCAGUUUGUGCUGCACUUGAUGAUUGUUACAUAUUAAUCUCAGUGUGGGAUUAUCCACAGCCUAAUGGAGAUGUCGCCAGCUCGUCACCACCACAGGUGCUGGAAUGCUGUCGUCAACACUAUGUCUUCUCCCUCUGGAGGACAGUCUUUAACUUCCAACAGAAAGCCCCAAACCCCCAAACACCCGUGCAGAUGGUCAACCAUGUGUGUCCAUCUGUUGGUCUUACCCUCCCUCCUUCCUUCACACACACGUGCACAAUACCACCACCAGCACCACCAACCAACUCUCUAAAGUCUUCCCAAACUGUGAUCACCAGUUUUUCUGCACUAUUUACAGUGGAUAAAAUAAGGGGCUGAUAUCUCAAUUUUGAGUUUACAAUUAUAUUUAAUGGACAUGCGAUGUUUUGUUUGCACAUUUAUUACAAUUUAAAAAGAGAACAGACGACAGCUUGUUACUUGUGCUGGCCUAGUAAUUGUUUCGCCUUUUUUUUUUUGCAUUUGUUUGUGAACAUUUGCCUUUGUUCUUGGGUCGGGGUAUUUAAUUCAGAAUGUAUAAUGUAUUAUUUCAUUUGACUGCAUUCUUUAAAGACAUAUCACACAUCAAGGUACAAUAAAAAUCCUCCUCAAAGUUA